UCCUCUCUUGCACUAGGUUGACGCAACAUAGGCCAAGUGGCUAUCUCACAUUAUCGUCUGCCAGUUACCGCCCUUUCAAUCGACAGGCAACACCCCCUUGAUCAAACCAAAGAAAUGUCGUCCAAGCCCGUCAUCGUCUUCGUGCCCGGUGCUUGGCAUGUGCCCGAGACAUUUCAUCUCGUGGUUGGCGAGCUUGAAGCCGCCGGCUACGAGACCAGAGGCGUCAAACUCGCCUCUGUCGGCUCGCCCGAGCCGCUCAAGGACUUCCAACCCGACGUCGAGGCCAUUCAACAAGCAAUGAGACCGUUCAUCGAGGACCAGGGGAAAGACGUCCUGCUUGUCGUCCACUCCUAUGGCGGUGUCGUGGGAAACGAAGCCGUGAAAGGCUUGGACAAGGCCUCGCGCGAAAAGCAGGGCAAAAAGGGCGGGGUAUCGCACAUCUAUUUCUGCUGCGCAUUCGCCCUUCCCGAGGGCGUGUCCUUGAUGGACGCGCUGAACCAGACACCCUUACCUUGGUUCCAAAUCAAUGAUGCCGAAGACAUCGUCAACCCCGCCACGCCGGUUGAAACAUUCUACAACGAUGUCGACGGUCCGGAGAAGUACGUGGCGAUGCUGAAGCCGCACAGUUAUCGGACUUUCUUUUCCAAGGUGGCGCACCCUGGUUGGAAAUAUGUGCCGAGCACAUAUCUGUUGUGUGAGAAGGAUGAGGCGAUCCCGCUGCAUGCGCAGAAAGGCAUGGUUGAGGGCGCGCAAAAGGCCGGCGCGCAGAUGAAGGUCGAAAGUGUGGACGCCAGCCAUUCCCCGUUCAUGAGUAUGCCACAGGAGCUGGCGCGGUCGAUUAGGCGGGCGGCGGGGGAAUCGGUCUAA